AACAAAAACAGGAGUGAGUUUCAUUUUAAUGUUUGUUUAAAAAAAAAAUUCAAAGUUCAACAUGUGUUGAUGAAAGGAGGUAGACCGAGACUCGCCGGCCAGUUGAGGGACGAAGCGAAAAAAAGCCAUCAGAGAAGAAAGUGCCAUGCUUUUUCUCACAAGGAGAAAGAGGGUUGUGUGAGGAACUCAGAUCAUUUCGAGUGCCAAGCACCGAGCGAAGAGAAACGGGGCGGACCGAUAAUUUAAGAAUAAGUAGGAGUGGCUUGAGACACCGCCUGGAGGGAGAGGCUCGUUGAAUCUCCACCGGUGGCACCACCGAUCCCCGAGCCCUUCGCCCUGGUUACACUCGCCCUCGCGACUCCCCUUCUGGAUCAUCCGUCGCGAGGCCGUUCUCGCUCCGUUCGCCGCCCUUAUCGCCGAAAGAUCCCCCCGGGGAUGCCCGGCCCCGCCAGCCGGGAGUGAUCUCCCCCAGGACGACUUCGCCCAUCGUCAAAUGGCCAAUUGCCGUCAUAUGAAACCGAUGGACGUCGAGAGGCAGUUCCCCGUCCACGUCCUCGUCUGGAGGAACGACUAUGACACCCUCAAGCAGAAGCUGAUCGCCGGAGUGCCCGUCGAAGAUUUGGAGAAAAAAGAUGUCAGAGGAAGAUCCCCGCUUAUGCUUGCCGUCACUCUUGGGCACUUGGAGGUCUCUAAAUUGCUCAUGGAAUUUGGGGCCAAUGUUAACACCGAAAAUAAAGAUGGAUGGACAGUUGUUCAAGAAGCGGUAGCAACAGGGGAUCCUGAAUUGGUCUACUCUGUACUGGAAUGGCGAGACUACCAAAGAUAUUCGUCAAGAGUUGGUGGAGUGCCAGAACUGUUGCUUAAACUCAAAGAAGCACCAGAUUUUUAUGUAGAGAUGAAAUGGGAGUUUACCAGUUGGGUCCCGCUUGUCUCUCGGAUGUGCCCAAGCGAUACGUAUAAAGUGUACAAACAGGGCUCAAAGGUCAGGAUAGACACAACUCUACUCGGUUUUGACCAGAACAAAUGGCACCGUGGCAACACCAGUUUCAUAUUUCAUGGACAAGAUAAUCAAGCCACUAUAAUGGAAGUGGAUCAUGAAAAUGAGCAAGUGUUCUUUGAGCAGAUGAAAAUGAUAAGCACAAGCGACCUGCAGAUCCUCCAGCCUAGCCAUCAGUCAGUAAGCGCCCGACUGACCACCCCGAUCACCACGACUUACCUCGACACUGACAAGAUAAGCUUCGAACGUAACCGGAGUGGUAUCUGGGGAUGGAGGCAAGACAAAACUGAAAUGAUCAAUGGCCACCCUUGUAAAGUGUUUGGAGCCAACAACGUCCAACUAGUCACUAAAACGCGUACUGAGCAUUUAUCAGAAGAAGAAAAAUUGAGGUUCAGGAGCAGCAAAACACCAUUACAAUCUUUCCUCGGAAUUGCAGAAACGGAGGAAAGAUCACCAACUCAACUUGAAGAAUACACUCAGUUUGGGAAUCCUUGUCAAAUAACACUAGAAGAGUAUUUUGAUGGCUCAGUGGAACUUGGCAACCGGGAUAUAGGAAGGCCAAAGGACAUAUGCACAAAAAUACAAAAAUUCAAGGCGACCCUCUGGUUAAGUGAAGAUUACCCUUUGAGUUUGCCAGAGCAAAUAAUGCCCAUAGUUGACUUGAUGGCAAUAUCAAGUUCUCACUUUGCCAAGCUGAAAAACUUCAUACAAAUGCAACUGCCUUCCGGUUUUCCAGUUAAGAUAGAAAUACCGUUGUUCCAUGUCCUAAAUGCCAGAAUCACAUUUGGUAACAUAUUCGCUUUGGAGAAUCCCGUGAGUGGUGUCGGAACAACCCAAGAAGGCUGUCGGACGUUAUGCCUAGUGGAGGACUCUUGUUUUGAAGCCCCGCAACAUUAUACCAGGCUUGGGCCAGAAUCAAGAAGACAUGUCAACUUGGAAGAGGAGGAUGACAUGCUUCAAUACGCCAUUCAACAAAGCCUGCUUCAAUCUGGCCAUGAUGAAGAUCAAGUUGAUAUAUGGGAAGCUCUGCAGGUUCAAAGGCCAAACACUCCAAAUUGUUUUGAUGAUGAAGAAAAGCAAUUGCAAAGAGCAAUCCAAGCAAGCCUUACAGACGAUCUGUCGCCAGAGGACGAUGCAAGCGAGGAGGAGCCAAUCGUUGACAUCGAUCUGCUCAAGGCCAUCGAGCUCUCCGAAAAGCAGCGCGAAGAGGAGGAAAGCCAAAGAAAGAGGGAGCAGGAAAUGUUCGAAGAGGCGAUCAAGCUCAGCUUGAUCGACAAGUGAUAAAACUGAAAGGCGUCGGAUGUCCUGUCAACGCAUUAUUCAAAAUUGUAUAUAAUCAAUGCUUCCAUUGUACAUAAAUUUAUUAUUAAAUUACAAAUUAGAUAAGUUACCAUGCACUCGAUCACUUGUGAAUGCUUAGGUCAAUUAUAUGGUAAUUAUUCUUUUCCCACUAUUAUGAAAUUAUAUAUAUAUUUUUUUUAAAUUAAAGAUUAAUUCACGUUUC